AUGAAUAACGCCGCAGAAAUCCUAAAAUCAGUCCAGAUUGGUUUGGAUGUCGCCAUAUUUCUCCUUAACACUGAUCGUGGCCUACAAGCGACCGAGUUAUGUAAUGAAUGUUUAUUUCUACUUCACAAGCUUGACUCUGGUAUUGACCUUGAUCAUGAUAUCGCUGAUGUAUUAUUCAAUGUGUUCUACGCCACCUCUGGUUACACAAAUGCAGCACGAUACACCACAAAACUUAUUGACAAGUUUUUCCUCGCUGGAGAACUAACCAUACAACUGGUAGACAAAUACAAGGCAAAAUGUUGGUUUGCAGAGGCAAAGCAACUUUGUAAAAGCGCUCUUACCAUCAUGAAAGCGAUUGGCCAUCGUAGAGAAGAGGCAGUGGCUUACGCGAGACUUGGAUCUCUUUGUUUUAUCCUCUGCAAGUAUCUAAAGGCGAACGAAUAUUAUGAGAAAGCAAUUGCCAUCGCGAUAGAAAUCGGCGACAGAAAUGGUGAAGGAAGAACAUACGGGAACCUCGGAGUUGUGUUUCAAUCCCUUGGCGAAUAUCAGAAGGCCAAAGAAUAUUACGAGAAAGCACUUGCCAUCGCGAUAGACAUCGGCGACAGAAAUGGAGAAGGAACAACAUACGGGAACCUCGGAGGUGUGUUUCAAUUCCUUGGCGAAUAUCAGAAGGCCAAAGAAUAUUACGAGAAAGCACUUGCCAUCGCGAUAGACAUCGGCGACAGAAAUGGAGAAGGAACAACAUACGGGAACCUCGGAGCUGUGUUUCAAUUCCUUGGCGAAUAUCAGAAGGCCAAAGAAUAUUACGACAAAGCACUUGCCAUCGCGAUAGAAAUCGGCGACAGAAAUGGAGAAGGAACAACAUACGGGAACCUCGGAGGUGUGUUUCAAUCCCUUGGCGAAUAUCAGAAGGCCAAAGAAUAUUACGAGAAAGCAAUUGCCAUCCAGGUAGAAAUCGGCGACAGAAAUGGAGAAGGAAGAAUAUACGAGAACCUCGGAGUUGUGUUUCAAUCCCUUGGCGAAUAUCAGAAGGCCAAAGAACAUUACGAGAAAGCAAUUGCCAUCGCGAUAGACAUCGGCGACAGAAAUGGAGAAGGAACAACAUACGGGAACCUCGGAGGUGUGUUUCAAUUCCUUGGCAAAUAUCAGAAGGCCAAAGAAUAUUACGACAAAGCACUUGCCAUCACGAUAGGCAUCGGCGACAGAAAUGGAGAAGGAACAACAUACGGGAACCUCGGAGCUGUGUUUCAAUUCCUUGGCGAAUAUCAGAAGGCCAGAGAAUAUUACGAGAAAGCACUUGCCGUCGCGAUAGACAUCGGCGACAGAAAUGGAGAAGGAAGAAUAUACGGGAACCUCGGAGUUGUGUUUCAAUCCCUUGGCGAAUAUCAGAAGGCCAAACAAUAUUACGACAAAGCACUUGCCAUCGCGAUAGAAAUCGGCGACAGAAAUGGAGAAAGAGCAACAUACGGGAACCUCGGAGCUGUGUUUCAAUCCCUUGGCGAAUAUCAGAAGGCCAAAGAAUAUUACGAGAAAGCAAUUGCCGUCGCGAUAGAAAUCGGCAACAGAAAUGGAGAAGGAACAACAUACGGGAACCUCGGAGCUGUGUUUCAAUUCCUUGGCGAAUAUCAGAAGGCCAAAGAAUAUUACGAGAAAGCACUUGCCAUCGCGAUAGAAAUCGGCGACAGAAAUGGAGAAGGAACAACAUACGGGAACCUCGGAGCUGUGUUUAAAUCCCUUGGCGAAUAUCAGAAGGCCAAAGAAUAUUACGAGAAAGCAAUUGCCGUCGCGAUAGAAAUCGGCAACAGAAAUGGAGAAGGAACAACAUAUGGGAACCUCGGAGGUGUGUUUCAAUUCCUUGGCGAAUAUCAGAAGGCCAAAGAAUAUUACGAGAAAGCACUUGCCAUCGCGAUAGACAUCGGCGACAGAAAUGGAGAAGGAACAACAUACGGGAACCUCGGAGGUGUGUUUCAAUUCCUUGGCGAAUAUCAGAAGGCCAAAGAAUAUUACGAGAAAGCACUUGCCGUCGCGAUAGACAUCGGCGACAGAAAUGGAGAAGGAAGAAUAUACGGGAACCUCGGAGGUGUGUUUCAAUUCCUUGGCGAAUAUCAGAAGGCCAAAGAAUAUUACGAGAAAGCAAUUGCCAUCGCGAUAGAAAUCGGCGACAGAAAUGGAGAAGGAACAACAUACGGGAACCUCGGAGUUGUGUUUCAAUUCCUUUGGCGAAUAUCAGAAGGCCAAAGAAUAUUACGAGAAAGCAAUUGCCAUCGCGAUAGAAAUCGGCGACAGAAAAGGAGAAGGAACAACAUACGGGAACCUCGGAGCUGUGUUUCAAUUCCUUGGCGAAUAUCAGAAGGCCAAAGAAUAUUACGAGAAAGCACUUGCCAUCGCGAUAGACAUCGGCGACAGAAAUGGAGAAGGAACAACAUACGGGAACCUCGGAGGUGUGUUUCAAUUCCUUGGCGAAUAUCAGAAGGCCAAAGAAUAUUACGAGAAAGCACUUGCCGUCGCCAUAGACAUCGGCGACAGAAAUGGAGAAGGAAGAAUAAACGGGAACCUCGGAGGUGUGUUUCAAUUCCUUGGCGAAUAUCAGAAGGCCAAAGAAUAUUACGAGAAAGCACUUUCCAUCGCGAUAGAAAUCGGGGACAGAAAUGGAGAAGGAACAACAUACGGGAACCUCGGAGCUGUGUUUAAAUCCCUUGGCGAAUAUCAGAGAGCCAAAGAAUAUUACGAGAAAGCAAUUGCCAUCGCGAUAGAAAUCGGCCACAGAGAAGGAGAAGGAAGAACUUACGGGAACCUCGGAGUUGUGUUUCAAUUCCUUGGCGAAUAUCAGAUGGCCAAAGAAUAUUACGACAAAGCACUUGCCAUCGCGAUAGGCAUCGGCGACAGAAAUGGAGAAGGAAUAACAUACGGGAACCUCGGAGCUGUGUUUCAAUUCCUUGACGAAUAUCAGAAGGCCAAAGAAUGUUACGAGAAAGCACUUGCCGUCGCGAUAGACAUCGGCGACAGAAAUGGAGAAGGAAGAAUAUACGGGAACCUCGGAGGUGUGUUUCAAUUCCUUGGCGAAUAUCAGAAGGCCAAAGAAUAUUACGAGAAAGCAAUUGCCAUCGCGAUAGAAAUCGGCGACAGAAAUGGAGAAGGAAGAACAUACGGGAACCUCGGAGCUGUGUUUCAAUCCCUUGGCGAAUAUCAGAAUGCCAAAGAAUAUUACGAGAAAGCAAUCGCCAUCGCAAACGGAAUAGGAGACAGAAGUAACGAAUGGUCUAGUCUAUGGUAGGUCUAGUUCUGAUAAGAAAUUUCCAUUUGCUAUCUUAGGGACUAUUAAGCAGGGGGGGGGGGGGUUGGGGGCUGUUUGAGGAUUUUGGUUGUCUCUCAGUAAAAUUCACCUGAACCCCUGUAAGGCUCCAUAAUAUUCUUUACAUUCCCCUCCCCCCCCUCCCCCACAGAACCAGAAGAUUUUGAUGAAUCAUUUUCAAAAUUGGCCUUGAAUCAAAGUUGCUUUUGUGUGCGAAAUCUUCAGAAAUUAUUCUUCAAACGGAAGCCCAAGAGGAUGAUAGACAGGCCAAAGUAAAUGCAACGAAAGCAACUUGAGAGAUAUAAGCUACCUAAUGACUUUGAAGUUGAUAGCUAUUUGAGCUGUAUGUCUGGCUACUUUGAAUCUUUUAGAAAUUCUGAUCUGUAUAAUGCUUUAGAGUUGAAAUUGUAUUAUGUUUGUUUCAGGAAAGAGGAACACAAGGAGGACAACAAUGAAGCAGAGAAGAAACAGAGUAACAACUGAUCCUGCACAAAGAUUAUCUUCCCUGCACAUUGUUUUUGAAUGGACACUGGUAUUAGUUUGAGCAGAAAUUGUUCAUUUUAUUGUAGAUAAAUGGUUAUUUUUGAAUGCUCUUUCAAAUAAGGCUGAAUCGAAAGCUAGUGACACUGAAAGCUGCAUUUCAGCCCUCAGACCUAUUAAGGGGACUAAAAUGAAUCAGGAUGAAAAAAUUGAAAGCAUGAAAUUAACUAAAUGUUUAUUUAUAUGAGAAAUUUGGUAAAGUUUCCUUUGGAUCAUAAUCGGGAAACUCUAAAACUAAACACUAACUUGUUUUGUGAGUUAUGUAAAAAACAGAAGAAAAGGAGAACAAGCAUUGCACAAAAUACUACUGCAAAAGUCAAACAGAUGAGUGAAAACAAUUCCUAAGAUAUCAAUGAAACAAUCUCCCAGAAUUCAGAGCAGAAAGAUAACUGAUAUUAUUGAAAAGAUAGUUGGAAUACCUGAAGGAAAACAAAAUCACAAACCAGGAAUGCAUGGCUUUGUUGUGUACGAUGUUGUACAAAUGGCAGUUUUCUAUGCAUUUUUUCCCUCUACCUUAGGGGGUUGGGUGGGGAGGUCAGUAUUAUAAUAUUUUUGUCUUUUAGAACUUUCAGGAAAAGGUAAAUGCUAAAGAAGUUGUUGAUAUGAUGUUUUAAAAUGGUUCAUCAAAAGGAUCUGUUAGGAAUAAUAUAAUUAGUGAUGAGAUUUUGUAACUGAUGGCAGACUUUUGUUCCUAAUGGUCAGUGGCUCCUAAAAACUUAUUGAUUCCUAGGAGGCCUACUUAUUCUUUGGCCAACUUGAAGGCUUUUGUUCCUGUGGUCACUCUACAUUUUUCUCUUAUUUGAAGUACUUUUGCAUUUCUUAUUUUUCUCUGACUUUUCAGUUUUGUUAAUUAAGUGAAAUUUAUUAUUUUUCUAAGAUAAGAGUAAAUAAAUAAAACUGAG